GGGUUAGCCGCCCCUAUGCUAAUGGUGGCUAGCUCAACAUCAACACUGACAAACCCCUCCCAAGUGAUUCACACCGGUCCACUUCUCCCCACAAAGGCUCAGUAGUUACAUGGUAAUGUUGCGCAAUUGGUGUAUUAACACUGGCAGCCAGCGCUCUCCUGUAUCUCCGACCAGAGGGGCCACACGCUCGGUUUCGUCACCAUGGGCAGCACCUGCAGUAAUCAUCUCGGGAUCCCUCCAGCCAAGGGCCCCAACGCUGUGGGAUGCACCGACUUCAUGAUGGACCACACUGCACAGGGCAGCUUCUUCAGGCUCUACUAUCCUUGUCAGGAGAGCGAGAAAGCGGAAAAACCAGACUGGGUCCCAUGCAGGGAGUAUUUCAUCGGUCUGGCAGACUUCAUGAAAAUCAACCGGUCUGUCAGUGAAAGGAUUUUCAACUACCUCUUUGGUUCAUUUAAGAUCCCCGCCUACUGGGAUGCUCCGUUCAAAUCAAAUGGAAAAUGCCCUGUUGUCAUCUUCUCCCAUGGCCUGGGAGCCUUCAGGACUUUGUAUUCGGCGAUAUGUGCAGAACUGGCCUCUCAAGGCUUCAUCGUGGCGUCGGUGGAACACAGAGACCAGUCGGCGUCGGCUACGUUUUAUUUCCGAGAGGCGCCGGAGUCGGAGAAGGCGAAGGAGAACGCACCUAAAACAUCACCGUCGGCCGGAGAAAACUUGGUGAAGGAGUGGAUGUACUACAGAGCUCUGCAGCACGGCGAGAGUGAAUUCCCCCUCCGGAAUAAACAGGUGAAGCAGAGGGCAGACGAAUGCAUUUUGGCUCUGGAAAAACUUGCCGCGAUCAACUCGGGGACGCGGGUGCGGAAUGCUUUGCAAACGCAGUUCGACUGGGCGACGCUGGAGAACUCCAUGGACCUGUGCAGGAUAGCAGCGAUGGGACACUCCUUCGGGGGAGCGACGGCCAUCGAAGCUCUGUGCAAAGACGUCAGAUUCAAGUGUGCCGUAGCACUGGACACCUGGAUGUUUCCUUUGGAUGACGAGAUCUUUCCCCGAGUGAAGCAGCCGAUCUUCUUCAUUAACUCGGAGAGGUUCCAGUGGGCGGGGAACAUCAGCCGCAUGCGGAAGCUGGACUCGGCCGUCAUCCAGAGGAAAAUGAUCACCAUCAGAGGAACGGUCCACCAGAGCUUCCCAGACUUCACCUUCCUGACGGGCAACUGGAUCGGCAAACUGAUGAAUCUGAAGGGAGAGAUCGACCCAGAGGUCGCCAUGGACCUCUCCAACAAGGCGACGCUAGCCUUUUUGCAACGCCAUCUAGGUCUAGAGAAGAACUUUAACCAGUGGGACGCUCUGAUCAACGGGGAGGAUGAAAACCUCAUUCCAGGCACUAAUGUCACCGUGCUUCAGUCUUCCAUCUGAGCCGCCGCCACCGAGGCCUCAUCUACUGCAGGAGAACCUGGGACCAGCUGAAGCAUCUCACCCCGUGUGUGUGGGAGUCGGUCCCAAAAUGUCACGGCAGGCGUACUAGGCAUUUUUAACAUUUAAUAACAAAAGCACUAUGAAACAUUCUUUAGAUGUAAUGGAAGAGGGAAAGCCAAUCUCCACCUCGUCAGCAGGAAAGAUUCGUUUUUUUUCUUGACGGAUAAAAAGCAGUGUUUGUUUCACGAGGCCUGAAUGUUGUGCACAAACAAAUCUUCUUCUGCCGUUGGGGGGAAGAAGUCUUAAACCUUUACCAGAAGUUUUUCCGAGAGAAAUAUUUCUAAUCAAUUUAAUCUUUUUGAGUGUAAAUACAGCCAACUGAGGACCUCAUGAUUGCUGUGUAAUUAUGUGAUAGGCGUAAAAUGAGUCGUAUGGGGGGAAAAGGAAGAUUGAAGAAUCGUAUAAGCUCAGAUAUUUAUAUAAGCCAAGAAGCUGUUCAGAAACUAAUUGUAUCCAUCCGGAUUUAACAAGACAGCUAAAAGUAAAUCAGUAACAUAACAACACUAAAAGGCUGCAUUAACAGUACUGUGCCAGAACAGUACUGUCCAAUGGAAUGUAACAGCCUUCUACUUUUAUACAAGACUGUCUGAUAUAACUACAUCUGUAUAAAAUAAAAUAGAAAAUAAUU